CCGCGCCCGGAAGCCCCCACGCUCGGUCCCGAGAUGUCUGCCAGCAAGCGGGUGGCGAAGAAAAAAAAAAGUCUGUUGACCCCCGAAGAGGAGACGGGUUCCUUGGUCGAUGUGUUUGAGAAGUUCUGCAUGCUGUGGGCACACAGCUUGGAGAUUUGUGAUGCACAAUAGCACAUUGAAGGCUCUGGGAAGUCCUGCAGUAAAGGAAUCUGUUUAGCUUUGUGCUUUCCGAUGUACUUGACCGUGGAUCCCUUUUCCAUCAAUAACUAUUGAGCUUGCAUGGAACACACUGUAUCUUUGCUCUGACCCGGCCUCUGCCUUGGUGCCUGUCCCCUUCCCUGCAUGGCCUGGCACAGUGGCGCCCUCUGCAAAACCUUCCCGCUCCCCUGUCCUCUUCCCUAUUAUGUGUCCAUACCCGUUAUUCACAUAGUCACAUUCACCUUUCUGCCAUCACUCCAGCAAAGUUCUCGAGGGCUGGGCCCUUCUUACUCAAGUGUCGCUAGAGGAUGCUCCGUAAAGGGCUGUAGGGAGAAUCCGCUGAUGUCUGGGUAUCUGGGCUACCUCUCUAGGGGACGGGGUGAGUCACUCCUUGUCCCCUUGUUUCUCUGCGUGAUGUGUUUCUCUGCUGCGGUCUGUCUGAACCGUCUUCCUUCCCCAGGCCUGGUCUGGAGGACUUUGUCUUUGCUGUCCACUCUGAGCACCAUAGGGCCUGUCGUCAUGCCAGACACGCUGCCAGACAUGCUGUGAGGAGGGAGGGAGGGAGAGAGUUAGGCCCUUUCAGGAAGACAGCAAGAUGACAGAGGUCAGGUGGUAUCUUGGUUUCAGGAGGAAAGGCUCUGAAGAGAGUUACUCCCAAGUGGUAACAUCUGGAAGCAGUGAUCUGCACCUUCCUCCCACCCAGUACCUCCAGAGCUUGGAGCUGGAGAGUCUCCAGGCAAAGCUUCCCCGAUACCUACGGAACCUGUUCAGCCAUGAUGCCGAUGUCCUGGUGUGGCACGCCCUCCUCCUGCCUGAGAAGCCACCCUACAACCUCAAGGCUUUCCACCUGCGCAUCAACUUCCCUGAGGACUAUCCGUUCAAGCCCCCUACGGUGACAUUCACCACCAGGAUCUACCACCCCAACGUGGGCCACAAUGGAGAGGUUUGCCUGCCCAUCAUCAGCAAGGAGAACUGGAGUCCUUACACCAAGACCUGCCAAGUCUUGGAGGCCCUCAACGUGCUGGUGAACAGACCAGACCUGGGGCAGCCGGUCCGGUUGGAGCUCGCAGACCUACUGAAGCAAGAUCCGGAGCUGUUCCACAGGGAGGCCAGGGAGUUCACCCUCAAGUAUGGAGUCGACCGGCCCUCCUAACUGGUUCUGACCCCUCUCUUUGCUGGAUCCUCUCUUUGUGACGGGCGGACAUUUCAUGGAAGCUGUGGGGGGCCGGGGGGGGGGGUGCGGCUGGAGCCUCCUCUCAUUUGUUCCAUGUUUUCCUUCUUAAGUAGCUAGUCAUUAGCCUGUGUGUGUGUGUGAGCGUGUGUGUGUGUGAGCGUGUGUGUGUGUGUGUGUGUGUGUGUGUCAUGGACCCAUUCCCACGUUCACCUGGCCACAGUGUGCUUUUCCUGCUCUUUCUCUGCCUCAGAGGCAGACGAGUUCACGUUUGUGCAAUUACAGGCCAGCUCUCCAGGGCUCCGUGCUCUCACAGACACAGGUCGCCUUCAGGCCAGCUGGCAGGAAAUGAACCUAGGAGCCGCCUCGCAUCCCCCUAGGGCCCAGGCAGAGGGGCAGAGGGGAUGGUGAGGAGUAUGGGGGGGGGGGGCAGGGCACUUGGAGAGAAUCAUAUUUACACUUGAGUGAUUUGUUUAUUGAGUAUUUGAAGUCAGCCAGACUGCUAAUAGGUACUUCAUGUCUAGAUUUAUGCGCAAAACCUUUCCUUUUCCCCUGAUGAAUCAUGAAGUGAAGAAUCUAAUCUCUAUCCAGAAA